AUGUGGUUAACAGCUGUUCAUUUACCAGGUGUUGAAAAUGUAGUGGCAGAUAGGGAGAGUAGGAUGAUUCGAGAUGAAACAGAAUGGAUGUUGAACGGAAAACUUUUUAAGACUUUAACUUGUGUAUAUUUCAAACCACAUAUUGAUCUGUUUGCAUCUCGACUUAACAAACAGUUAGAACAAUUUCAUUAUCGACCGGGUAUGCCAAAAAAUCCUGAUGGACAAAGCCGAAGGCCUGCUGGUCACACCUCUAUGGGACACACAGAAUUGGUAUCCAAUCAUCUUGAGAAUGUGUGUGAAACCACCACUUGUUCUGAAACCAUCCAAAACGAUGCUGCAGCUGAAAAACAAUCCUACAAAAGUCCAUCCUCUGGCAAGAAAACUUCAUCUGAUGCAUCGCUGAUGACAGAGGGUUGUGGUUACAGUGCCAUAAACACAGCUCGAUCAGCUCUGUCAGGAUUUAUUAUUGUAGAUAACAUGCCUAAAACAGCAGAUAUUAGAGGAGAUACCACCAAAUUAUUAUUAAUGGUUAGAAAACCGCAUAAUGCUGUAACCAGUCAAAUCAUAGCACGAUGGAUCAAACGAGUGAUGACAGAAGCUGGAAUUGACACAAACAUUUUCAGUGCACAUAGCACACGUUCUGCUGCAACAAGUGCCGCUAAGUCUAUGGGACUGUCGCUCACCAGCAUCAUGAAUGCUGCAGGAUGGUCUAAUUCGGGAACAUUUCAAAAGUUUUAUAACAAAACUGUUCAAUGUGAUAACUUUGGACUAACCAAUCCAAUGGAAUCACUGUCUGAGGAUGAAAUUUUUCAGCGGUAUCGCUUUAGAUCCGCCACGAUAUUUUACAUCUGCGGGUUGAUAGCUGAAGGCCUUGUCCACCAGACACGGAGAAGCUGUCCCUUACCACCUCUGUUGCAAGUUCUAGUUGCUUUGCGCUUCUUUGCAACAGGAUCUUUCUAUCAACUCAUCGGCGAUUCCCUUUCUGUUUCCAAAUCGGCUGUAGGACGGGCAGUCCGAGCGGUUACUUCCCUUUUAAGUGCUCUAACACCACGAUUCAUCAAGUUUCCCUCUCAGAAUGAUUUUCCGCUAAUUCGGACCAAAUUUUAUCAGUUGGCAGGUUUUCCAAACGUGGUAUGCUAUGUUGAUGGAACACUGAUCAGAAUCCAGUGUCCCAAACAGAAUGAGGCAGAGUUUGUAUGUAGAAAGGGCUACUAUGCGAUUAACGUUCAGAUGGCCUGUGAUGCCUCGUUUAGAUUUGUAAACUGCGUUGCAAAAUGGCCGGGUAGUGUCCAUGAUUCCCGUGUGUUUAGAGAAUCGUCUCUUGCUAGACUCUUCGAAACUGGUGCGCGAAAUGGUAUUAUAUUGGGAGAUUCAGGAUAUGCCCUCAAGAGGUAUCUUAUGGUUCCUUAUUUGACCCCCAGUACCAGAGCGCAGGAGAAGUUUAAUACUUCUUUAUGUCGCACGAGAGUGGUUAUUGAACAAGCGUUUGGGAUUCUAAAGAGAAGGUUUCCUUGUCUACAGACAGGUUUACGGGUGGAGCCCGACAGAGCAUGCGCCGUCAUCGUAGCCUGCACAGUUCUUCACAAUAUUGGGAUAGAAAGACAAGACAUUAUAGAUGUGAUACCAGCUGCACAAGGGCAACUAAUCGACGAGGUGGCGCUGCCUGCAGUAGGAGGGCAACACGAAGGAAAACACGUUAGAGAUCACAUUGCCAAUGUGUUUUUUGGCCACUGA